CGCCGGCCCGACUGCCGCUUCCGGCCCGCCCUCUAGCCCAGGGCCGGGGGAGGGCCGGCCUGCUAGCCCGGCUGCCAAGGAGCAACCACCGCGACUCCGCCCCGCUGGGCGCCGGCCAGUGUUCCUCCAGCCACUGCCGCCAUGCCCAACUCGGUGCUGUGGGCAGUGGACCUGUUUGGGAGAGUGUACACGCUCUCCACGGCCAGCCAGUACUGGGAGCUGUGCAAGGACGGCCAGCUGGAGUUCAAGCGGGUCAGCGCAGCCACGCAAUGCUGCUGGGGCAUCGCCUGCGACAACCAGGUCUACGUGUACGUGUGUGCCAGCGAUGUCCCCAUCCGCCGCCGAGAGGAGGCCUAUGAGAAUCAGCGCUGGAACCCCAUGGGUGGCUUCUGCGAGAAGCUCCUGCUGAGCGACCGGUGGCCAUGGAGCGAUGUGAGUGGGCUCCAGCACCGGCCGCUGGAUGGGGUGGCGCUGCCCUCACCGCACUGGGAGUGGGAGUCCGACUGGUACGUGGAUGAGAACUUUGGAGGGGAGCCCACCGAAAAAGGGGGGUGGACAUAUGCCAUUGACUUUCCUGCCACCUACACGAGAGACAAGAAGUGGAAUUCUUGCGUGCGGCGGCGAAAGUGGAUCCGGUACAGGAGAUACAAGUCCCGGGACGCCUGGGCCAAGAUCCCCUCGAAGGAUGACCCCAAGCAACUACCUGACCCCUUCAAUGACCUCUCCGUGGGGGGGUGGGAGAUCACGGAGGAGCCCUCGGGCCGCCUGUCGGUGUGGGCCGUGUCUGUGCAGGGAAGGGUGUGGUACAGAGAGGACGUCAGCCACUCCAACCCCGAAGGCUCAUCCUGGUCCCUGGUGGACACCCCUGGGGAGGUGGUCCAGAUCAGCUGUGGGCCCCACGACCUCCUGUGGGCCACGCUGUGGGAGGGGCAGGCCCUAGUCCGGGAAGGAAUCAGCAGGAACAGCCCCACAGGAAGCUGCUGGUCCGUAGUGGAGCCUCCGGGGUCUGAAAACGGGAUCAUGCACGUCUCCGUGGGAGUUGGCGUGGUCUGGGCUGUCACCAAAGACCGGAAGGUGUGGUUCCGAAGAGGUGUCAACUCUCACAACCCCUGCGGCACCAGCUGGAUCGAGAUGGUGGGAGAAAUGACGAUGGUGAACGUGGGCCUCAACGACCAGGUCUGGGGCAUUGGCUGCGAGGACCGAGCCAUGUACUUCCGGCAGGGCGUCACCCCCAGCGAGCUCAGCGGAAAGACAUGGAAAGCCAUCAUCGCAGCCCGAGAGUGUGACCGGUCACACUCCGGCAGCUCGUCGAGUCUUCUCAGUGCUGGCUGCUUCUUUGGCGACGAGGUGAGAGGCAGUGGCGAGUCAGCGCCCAGCGACACUGAUGCCUCCUCGGAAGUUGAGAGACCAGGACCUGGCCAGCCUCUCCCCGUGGAGUCUUUGGACAAUUCCAGGAACCUCAAGGAGAGCUUGUCCUCAGGCCCAGGGGCCGGCAGGACUGCAGAGGGUGCCAUGGAGAAUGCCUGCCCUACCAAGGGCGGCCCUGGCCUGGCCUCCACCCCGGCGGAGCUUCCCUGGACCAGUAUUGACCUGAAGGAGCCCAAGAAGGUGCCCAGCCACUCGGCUGCUGGCUUCCCCGAGCCUACUGGCCUCUCCUCCUUGGGGCUCCUCCCCCUGGGUUUGGAGGAGCCCUAUGGAGCGGACGACCACCCGCUGUGGGCCUGGGUGUCGGGAGGCGGCUGCGCUGUGGAGGCCUGCUACAUGCCCAAGUGGUUCACUGCCCAGUCAGGCCUGUCCCCCUCGGUGCAGACGUUGUCACUCUCCAUCAUGCCGGCCCAGACCGCCGCCUGGAGGAAGCAGAUUCUCCAGCAGCUCACAGAGAGGACCAAGCGAGAGCUGGAGAACUUCCGGCACUACGAGCAGGCCGUGGAGCAGUCGGUGUGGGUGAAGACCGGGACCCUGCAGUGGUGGUGCGACUGGAAGCCCCACAAGUGGGUAGACGUCCGUGUGGCCCUGGAGCAGUUCACGGGGCACGAUGGCGCUCGGGACAGCAUCCUCUUCAUCUACUACGUGGUCCACGGGGAGAAGAAGUACAUCCAUGUGUUCCUCAACGAAGUCACGGUGCUGGUGCCCUUGCUCAGUGAGGGCAAGCACUCCUUUGCCCUGUACACCCCUGAGAGGACGCGCCAGAGGUGGCCUGUGCGUCUGGCUGCCUCCACCGAGCAGGACAUGAACGACUGGCUCGCUCUGCUCAGCCUAUCCUGCUGUGAGAGCCGGAAGGUCCACGGCCGCCCAUCCCCGCAGGCCAUCUGGUCUGUCACCUGCAAGGGGGACAUUUUCGUAAGUGAGCCCAGCCCGGACCUGGAGGCCCAGGAGCACCCGCUGCCCUGCGACCAGAUGUUCUGGCGGCAGAUGGGAGGCCACCUGCGGGUGGUGGAGGCCAACAGCCAGGGUGUGGUGUGGGGCCUCGGCUACGACCACACGGCCUGGGUGUACACGGGCGGCUACGGUGGAGGCUGCUUCCAAGGCCUGGCCAGCAGCACCAGUAACAUCUACACCCAGUCAGACGUGAAGAGCGUGUACAUCUACGAGAACCAGCGCUGGAACCCUGUCACGGGCUACACCAGCAGGGGUCUACCCACGGACCGGUACAUGUGGAGUGACGCCACGGGGCUGCAGGAGUGCACCAAGGCCAGCACGAAGCCCCCAUCUCUGCAGUGGACCUGGGUUUCUGACUGGUCUGUGGAUUUCAGCGUGCCUGGGGGCACUGACCAGGAGGGGUGGCAGUAUGCCAGCGACUUCCCCGCUUCUUACCAUGGGUACAAAACCAUGAAGGAUUUUGUCAGGAGAAGGUGCUGGGCCAGAAAAUGCAAGCUGGUAACCAGUGGGCCCUGGCUGGAGGUGGCCCCCAUCGCCCUCAGGGACGUGUCCAUCAUCCCGGAGAGCCCAGGCACCGACAGGAAUGGGCCCAGCAUCGCGCUCUGGGCCGUCAGCGACAAGGGGGACGUGCUGUGCCGCCUGGGCGUGUCCGCACUCAACCCUGCGGGCUCCUCCUGGCUGCACGUGGGCACCGACCAGCCCUUCACCUCCGUCUCCAUCGGGGCCUGCUACCAGGUGUGGGCCGUGGCUAGGGACGGCUCCGCCUUCUACCGGGGCUCUGUGUCCCCCUCCCGGCCUGCCGGCGACUGCUGGUACCACAUCCCGUCUCCUCCUAAACAGAGACUAAAGCAGGUGUCUGUGGGGCAGACGUCGGUGUACGCCCUGGAUGAAAAUGGGAACCUGUGGUGUCGCCAGGGGAUCACGCCCAGCUACCCGCAGGGCUCCAGCUGGGAGCACGUGUCCAACAACGUGUGCAGCGUGUCUGUGGGGCCCCUGGACCAGGUCUGGGUGAUUGCUGACAAAGUCCAGGGCAGCCGCAGUCUGAGCCGGGGGACAGUGUGUCAUCGCACAGGCGUGCAGCCCCACGAGCCCAGUGGGCAGGGCUGGGACUACGGCAUCGGGGGGGGCUGGGACCACAUCUCUGUCCGGGCCAAUGCCACCAGGGCCCCCAGGAGCUCAUCCCGGGAGCAGGAGCCGAGCGCCCUACAGGAGGCCCCAGGCCCCACGUGCUGCUGAGGCCGCAGCACUGCUGGAUGCGGAUGGUGCGGAUGGUGCCAGGUUGGAGGAUCAAGGCUGAGCCAUUCUUGUGCUGCAGUAUGCGCCGUGGGGGGCCACUCAGGAGGGAACCUGGCCCAAGGCUGUGGCCACUUCAGAGGCACUGGCUGAAAUAGCCCAGAAAUGUGAAGCUCCGUGGAUGCCCCACACGAGUCCCCACCUGUAAGAAGCACCAUGGGUGGGGGUGGGGCUGUACCUCCCAGAGGCCCCGCCCUCCUGCC